UACGGUGAACCAUCACAAUAAUAUUUAGGUAAAAUAUUAUUAAAAAUAAUUAUACCAUUCGUUGGUUAUCAUAGCGAACGGUGUAGGUUUAUGUGAUUGAUAAUUGUGUCAAAUUUGAACAAAUUUAAAGUUAGUUAUAUUUUAUUUUGCAGUAAUAAAAAUCAUUUUUUUAGAAAUCGGUGCGUCUGUCCAUCGUGUACCGUCGUCGGGUUUCGAUUGUCCAAUGUCGAUGAACGUCGGCCAGUCGAAAAUCGCGUGACUCGCCGCAAACGCCGCCGUUGUACAUGUCCACGGCCGCCGUCGUCGUCGUCGCCGCCGCCGUUUUUCCCCCUGUCCGGUCGUGUCGCGUCGCGUUCGCCGCAGCCGCCGACGUUUUCACGUGUUAAUGGCCUGAUCGCACCGGCGGUCCGUCCGAGGGAAAAUGGGACAAAAAGUCACUACACUGGGCGACGCGGUUUCCUGGAAAAAUUCCGCCGACCCUUCCAAGGCGAACGCGGACGCGCCCGUCGACGGGUCGACGCCUGGCGCUGGCGUCCCGUCGACGUCCGCUGCUACCGUAGGUCUGGCCGGUGGUCCACAACAAGAAAUGCUGCCGUCUACGUCUGCGAACGCGCGACGGUUCGAUGACGGUGACCACACGUACGCGUGCAACGGCGACGGGCACGGUUGGGAUGUGGCCGAGCAGUGGGCCGAAGACAGCGCGAGACCACACGAUACUUGUACGGCGCCCGAAAUUUCCAAACCCAGCUCGGCUCAGCCAUCCAAGAGUAUCGUGAGUGCAAAAAAACUCAACCACUGGGUGCUUCGUUUCAAUUGUUCUCGGUUGAAAUCUCGCAACUCGAAAUGUUGCAACGCCCCCGACAGCAUACCCGAGUCGAAUGUCGAGUGUGAAACGUGCGUGUGUACUCGUUAUAGGCGCACCGAAGACCAUCAUCUGGGCGCCGGCGUAGUUUUCGACGCCUUGGCGCCGCCGCAUCCGAACGACCAAGUCGAAGAGAGAGAAGUGGAAACCACAGUCGCCGCCGAAGCUGAACCGUUCAUGGAAAGCGCUCCCAACAGCCUGGAAAUGGCUUUACCUUCUUUUGAAGACUCGGCCAUCGAAUUGCAAUGCGACGGUAAUAGCGAAGAAUACAUGAACGAAGAUUUCGAGGACCGAGCGUACAAAGAACGAGCCAAAGAAAUCCAAGAAGGCAUCGAACCUCCCCCCGGCUUCCGGCCCGGAUUGCACAUUCAACUGCUGCAGUUCAGUUUGCCCAAAAUGACUAUGGACAAUUUGACGUCACUAUUCCAAAGAGCCGCGCUGACGGCUCUGAACGCACCGACCGAUAUGAACAAUAGUCACAGGAUACACACGUCCAUUGACUAUAUUCAUUAUUUAGUUCCUGAUUUGCUUCAAAUCACAAUGUGUUCGUUUUAUUGGGGGAAAAUGGACAGGUACGAAGCAGAAAAACUCUUGGAGAACAGACCCGAAGGUACGUUUUUGCUCAGAGAUUCAGCUCAAGAAGAGUACUUAUUUUCCGUAAGCUUCAGAAAGUACGGCCGCUCGUUACACGCCAGAAUCGAACAGUGGAACCACCUGUUCAGUUUCGACUCAAGAGAUCCCGGCGUGUUCGCUUCCUCGACUGUUUGCGGCCUGAUCGAGCACUACAAGGAUCCCACUUGUUGUAUGUUUUUCGAGCCGAUGUUGACCAUACCGUUGCACAGGAACUUCACGUUUUCGUUGCAGCACAUGUGUCGCGCUAGCAUAUGUAGUCAGAUUACAUACGACGACGUCAACCAGUUAAAACUUCCGAAAAUGCUUAAAUCGUACUUAAAAGAAUACCAUUACAAACAGCGAGUUAGGGUACGCAUAUUUGAUUCAGAACAAUAAGAGCAAAUUCACAAGACUUCUUACGAUUCAAUCGACUAUAACUUAUAAUUGUUUUUUCCCCUUCAAGUUUCUCACGUACUCGAAGAAUAAAUUUCGUUCAAUUUAAUCAUUAAUUAAAUUACCUAUUUCUUAUCGUCCCAUUCAUUCUAUCGAAAAAAAUCAUUCCUCACAUUACUGCACGACGCUAUUUUUGCUCGAUUGUUUAUUUAAAUUUAGUUGCACGUUAACUACCAAAAACUGUGUUAAACAUAAAAUAUCUUUGUAACUUUAAAAACAAUGUUGUCUACCUAUAUUAUAUUGUGUAUAAGUAUUCUAUGUUGUUGUAGAAUAUAUAUUUAUAUAAUUUUUUUUUUCAAACCAAUUUUCUUUUUCAACAAGAGUAAUCUUUUACUUUUUGUCGCCUUGUUAAUGCAAUAUUAACUCUAGUUAAUAUGAUUAUUUUAAUUAAUAGGAAAAACGUAACCUAUUUAUUUGUUUAUUUAUUGUUAUUGUAUAGAAAUUUUCUAUUUGAAAAAAAAAACGAUUAAUAUGCUUAUUUAAAAAUUGUUUAAACGUUUUUUUUUUUUUUUAUGUAUAUACCUUGUUUAAAUACACACAAAUAUCUAUGCAACGACCUUAUUACAAGAAUGCACAAAAAUGAACGUGUUGAUCAUUUUUGUAAAUAAAAAUUGUACAUAAAACAUAUUUCAUUGGAUCUAAAUUUUUUAAAUAUUGAUAAUAGUUAAAAAUUUUAGUAAAAAAAAAACUGAUACUAUAUUAUGCUACUUUUGGUGAUAAUCAUAUGUGAAUAUUUAUGGACGUAUAACAAUGUUUGACUUUUUAUCUACAAUUGAAUUUGACGAUCGACCUAGAUUUUUUUCCCAUUAAGAUUUAUGUUUACAGACUAAUUUUUUUCUCGAUAAUUUUGUUUUUACGGAUAAUAUUAUUUGUUACUAAUCCUUUUUUUUAAAUUUUUUUUUUUUACAUGUAUGUCAGUCAACCUAGUACUUGAGAUAGCAUUUAUUUAAGUUUUAAGAUCGUGUGUUAUUAUUAUACUUAAAUUAUUAUUUUUUUUCCUUUAUACAAACAAUACAUACAUCGUUAAACGCCACAAUCGUUAUGUACAUGACGCGGCUUUAGCGUAAAUCAUUAAUGUUGUUAUCACUAGGUUAGUUAUUAAUUUUUAUAAUUUAAUAUUGUUAUAAUAAUAUUAAUAUAUUGAUAGUAUUUUAUACCCGUUACGAAACGUAGGUAUGAAAAAGACUUAGAAAACCAAGUUGGCAAAAUAGAAUAAUUUAGUCUAAAUUUAUUUCAUUUUUUUCAUCAUGUUAGACAAAUUGUUCGUAGCGAUAAUAAUUUUUUUUUUUUUUCUUUCGAAACAAUUGUAACCAAAAAAUUAUAUUGAAAUUUCCAAAAGCAAAAGUUUUUAACUCUACGAAAUGACAUUUUUUUUUUCCUUGUACAUUUAUUUUAUAAUAUUUUCAUUAGGUAUCUUUAUAAUGUCUAUUUAAUGCUUAAUUAGUAUAUAGUUAUAAUGUUUGAUGGUACGGUUAAAUAAUAAUUUUUUGUGAUAUUUA